AAAUGGCCACCGGACUGAAGUCCUUUGGGCUUCAUUACAUAAUCUUUAUGACACACCUGGCUAUACUAACAGCUGACUACGCUUACAUUGUCUUACCAACGGAUAAAGUUUACGCAGGUCGCUUUAAAUUUCUUACAUUUUGGAGCUUUUUGAUCGGAUUUGCUUACUACAACGUCGCGGCAGUAAUGGACUUCCUUGCUUAUACGCGUGGCAAAGAAAGCAGUCUUUGGGUAAAGAUUAGCGACUACAUCUUUACGACAAUCGUAUUUCCAUUGGCUAUGUUUGUCUGUUCCAUGUUUUGGAUAUUAUACACAGCAAAUCCGAGCUUUAUGAGAGGUCCGGAAGAAGAUAAAAUUAUUCCAAAAUGGAUGAAUCAUGGCUACCACACUGUUCCAAUUAUGGCCGCCUUUCUCGAAGCCUAUUCCAUCAGGCACGUGUACUCUCGUAUAAGAGCUGCUGUUGUCGGGAUUUUUGCGUUGAACUCUGUCUAUAUAAUUUGGUUGUUUUGGAUUGCAUAUCGUGCCAACAUAUGGGUGUAUCCAAUCCUCCAAAGGAUGUCUUUAUUUGGUGUGUUCGUCUUUAUUGGCGUAUGUGUUCUACUCUCUUUGGUCUUGUACAUGAUUGGGAGAAAAUUCAGUGAAUUUGUGUGGCAAGAAAUUUAUGAAAUUGAAGAAUGAGCUGGUGUGAAUCUGAUGUGGGAUUAUAGUACUGGCAGAAAGGGUCCAUUUUUACAAUGACUUUAGCAACAGGAACUAAAUAUUUUUUCAACAGAAUAAUUUUAAAUGAAAUUAAAAUGAAUUCAAAUCAUUGUUUUGAAAUAAAA